UUCAUUAAGAGAGGGGCAAAAGCGUAAAUAACACUUCGUCUUCUUCAACUUGAAAACCUAAUUCCUCUCUAGGGCCGCGAUAAACUUUUCUGUAACAUAAUUCAUUUUUGGAGGUGAUUUGAUCCGUGUAUGCUUUCACAAAUAAAUAUGACAAAUCUAUGAUAGAAACAUUGAUUCUUUUUUGUACCCGAUUUUAACAAAAUCUCAACGGAGCACUGCCGUGGAGUUUUAACGCCGUAGAAUCGGUCAAUCCGCCCGAGUUUUAGAACAGAACCCCCGGCGACUACACCGUCGAACUUUAGAUUGUUUCAGAAUGGUAUCACGGGUUUUGUUCUCAAGCCAACUCACCUUCCCAGCGAAGCCGCCACGAGAAACCCCGAUUGCUCCGUUAACGCCUCCCCGGAACGUUCUCUCCUUCUCCUUCCGAAGUUCUGUAGACCGAUUCGCGAUGCGGAUUGUAAAAGCUGCUUCCUUUACUCGGACGGUAGCAAAGGUUGAUGGUUCAAGAGACGAAGAAGCAAUAAGUAGGAAGAAGCUUGCUGUGUUUGUAUCGGGAGGUGGUUCGAAUUUCAAGAAGAUUCACGAGGGAUGCAUUGGUGGUUCAGUUCAAGGGGAUCUUGUCUUAUUGGUCACUAACAAGAAAGAUUGUGGAGGUGCUGAGUAUGCAAGAAGCAAUGGGAUUGCUGUCUUAGUAUUCCCAAAACCGAAACGAGAAUCUUCCGAUGGACUCUCUCCUACAGAGCUUGUGGAUGUUCUUAGGGAGUAUGGUGUAGACUUUGUUCUGCUUGCUGGAUAUUUGAAACUCAUACCGGCGGAGCUCGUCAAAGCUUUUCCUAAACGGAUUCUGAAUAUCCAUCCAGCGUUACUUCCGGCUUUUGGAGGUAAAGGGCUUUAUGGUAUCAGAGUUCAUAAAGCUGUUCUAGCAUCUGGAGCUAGGUAUUCAGGUCCAACCAUUCACUUUGUGGAUGAAGAGUAUGACACGGGGAGGAUACUUGCUCAAAGUGCUGUCCGCGUGGUUGCUAAUGAUACACCAGAGGAGUUGGCUAAAAGGGUUCUUCACGAGGAACACAAACUGUAUGUGGAGGUGGUUGCUGCCAUUUGCGAAGAACGGAUUAAAUGGAGAGAAGAUGGUGUCCCUCUCAUUCAAAGCAAAGACAACCCUGAUGACUACUAUUAGAUCCUCCACAGAAUGAUCUUUAAGUUAAACUGCAUUGGAUCUCAGAUUGGUUUGGAAACAGUGUUUCAACCUUAGUUUAUAGUCUUCAGGCAGAGUAGAACAAGUUUUUGUCCAAAGUUUCAGAUUGAGAAAUGCUUCUGAAGCCAAAUUUUUGUUUCGGUUGGGUUGAAAUUAUGUGGAGUGUGUGUGUGUUUUUGUUGUAUAAAACCAUCUUUUUAUUUCUAGUUCUAGCCAAAACCUCCUCCUA